AUGAGCUCCUGCAUAGACAGCUUGGUCUCACUCACCAACUACAUACAGGGUGGAUUCCUAAACAAAGCAGUCACCCUCUGUGCCUUUCUCGACAUUGAAGGGGCUUUUGACAAUGUCAUCCCCUCAAUCCUAGUUGAAGGACUGCAAAAGCUGGGCAUCCCUGCAAGAACAAGAAAAUUUAUUUCAAAUCUUACUUUUGAAAGAAGCAUCUAUUUUGUCUGUGAAGGAGAACUUCAGGGCCCCUUCACCUCUCUGAAGGGCACUCCUCAGGGAUCUGCUCUUAGUCCUCUGCUUUUCAAUUUGUAUUGCGCUGAUAUUAACAGUUGUUUGCAUGAGGAUUCUAACCUACUACAGUAUGCUGAUGACAUUGUCAUUUUUAGUAUAAGCCUUAAUGAAGAGGAGGCACGUCACUCAAUUCAAAUCUCUCUGAACAACAUAUUUGCGUAUCUACGCUCUAGAGGACUGGAUCUGUCUCCCACUAAAUCCAAAUGGCUUUUAUUUUCGAGAAGACGCAACGCUCGCCCUGACCUGGCGCUAAGUAUUAGGGGCCAAGACAUACCUCGCGUCACUUCAUUUACCUUUCUGGGAAUUAUUCUGGACUCGAAACUCAAAGGUAAGGAACACCUCAAGCAUCUUAUCAAAAAAGGCCGCAAUCUUACCAACAUACUUUCGGUCCUAGCGGGCACUAGAUGGGGGUCCCAUCCCAGACUGAUGUUAUGCCUUUAUAGAGCUAUUUUCAGAUCCGCUAUUGAAUAUGGUUGUCAAAUUUUCAAGCUUAAAGGCAAUCAAUGCGAAUUCCAACAGCUGGAACGCCUAGUUAACCGGAACAUGCGAAUAGCUCUAGGCUAUAGGAAAUCUACCGCCAUAAAUGUCUUAAUGGCGGAAGCUAAGGAAACUCCUCUAAAUCUGAGAUUUGAUCUCAUGUCUUCCAGGUUUAUCUUUCGAACCAUGAUGAACUCCACCACUCUACAAAGCUUCAAAUAUGUUGAAAAUGUCUCAUACUCCCCAACCAGAAGAUCGCAAGCGCUCAACUCUAUCCCCAUUUUAAAAAGAUACGUCACUCAAAAAUAUGCGAUGAACAUCAUAAGAAGAUCCAAUAAACCUCUGGCUUACAACUUUUGUUUGGAUUCUUACACCUAUGUUCACCCCAUUGAUGAAUCCAUGACGUCGAUGCCUAGAGAUUCCAGCAGCCUUGUCUUCAGAACCCGCUUCCGGGAACUAUCUACAACAUACUCUGCUAAAGGACCUCUAGUUUUUACGGACAGCUCCAAAUCCGAGGAUGGAGGCUCAGUGGGCGCUGGUGUGUAUUAUUCUAAAGACCUUAACUGGAUCAUCAAGGACAAGCUCCCCCCAGAGGCCUCCGUCUUCUCGGCGGAGGCUUGGGCUAUUAUUCGUGCCAUUCUCCUGGUGGAGGAUCGCUGUUGUGACACCUUUACCAUCUUCUCCGACUCACUCAGCGUAUUACGCGCCAUCUCCUCACAUCAACGCAAAGACGUCAACUACCUCGUCUUCGAAAUAAGGGACCUGCUCCGCAAGAUGGUCAAUAAUGGAUUUACCAUCAACCUGGUAUGGGUACCAGGACACAAGGGCAUUUAUGGGAACGAGAGAGCUGAUGAACUUGCCAGGGAAGCUGCCCUCCGUGGCCGACGCCCUAAAUUCAAAAUUCCCUAUCAUGACCUGUUAGCCUUAUCCCGAGACUCGCAUAAGAGAAAAUUUCAAGCUUACCUCGAUCAUUCCGCCUCUUAUAAAGGGCAACUAUUCGAUAAUUACUACAGAAAUACCCUAUCUAAGCCUUGGUUUUAUGAUAAAUCUCUUAAUAGGGAGGAGAUUGUUACUAUCUCCAGAAUACGCUCGAACCAUUAUAACCUUGCUUACAGUCUCCAUAGAAAGGGCAUUGUCGACUCUCCAUCUUGCUUCUGUGGAGACCCCAGACAAGAUAUUAAUCAUAUAAUUUUUUAUUGCAGAUUAUGUAUUGGUAAAUCAGCCAAAUUGCGUUCUUAUAUUAAAAAACACUUUCCACUAUCUCCUAUCGAUAUGCAUCAUAUACUCAAGAACCCUCCUCCCACUCUCUGUCGCUUAAUUGUCGCUUAUUUAAAGUCUCUCAAUCUAAAGGUGUGA